ACGCUGUCCGAGCCUCAGGAGGGCUACAGUAACUCAGAGAAUGGAAGCCACCAGCAGCUUAUGCCGUCUCAUGCUAAUGGUUACGUCCACAAAGGCACUGAUGCAGGAGUAUGUUACGGAGAAGUGAGCGGUGAUGUUGAUCCAGAUGCUAAUGGAAUGCUGGGUAAUCGUGUGGGCUCUUUCUUUGCUGGACGUAGCAGCUUCCACCGGAGUGAACCCAGAGAGGGACAGGCAAAUAUCACUAAUGGUGGACCAGGCCCUCUGGUCAUCUGCUCAGACUGCUACGACAACGCCAACAUCUACUCGCGCACGCGUGAGUACUGUCCAUACGCCUACCUGACUGAGGACGACACACUUGUGUCUCAGAUCUCUCGGGAGGGACACCAGAGCAGCCAUCAAGAGCGGGAUCAGCACACCGAGCACGCAGACGCGGCACUGGAGAGUUUUAUAAGUCAGCAGAACGCCUCUGUGUUCCUCACCAACCAUGAACCACGGCUACCAGCGUCACAACACUAUAGCACUGGUAAAGUGCUGAAUGCUGAUUUGAGGCAUUAUCUUAGUCUGCAGUUCCAAAAAGGAUCAAUCGACCACAAACUGCAGCAAGUGAUUCGAGAUAACCUGUACCUGCGCACCAUUCCAUGUACCACCCGGCUGCCCAGAGAUGGGGAGGUUCCAGGAGUAGACUAUAAUUUCAUCAGCGUGGGGGAUUUUCGCAUCCUGGAAGAGAGUGGAUUACUGCUGGAGAGCGGAACAUAUGAUGGUAACUUCUAUGGCACUCCCAAACCUCCUGCGGAGCCCAACGUGGUUCAGCCUGACCUGGUCGACCAGGUUUUGUUUGAGGAGGAUUAUGGCACCGAAGUCCAACGAAAGCGAACAACCUCCGUCAGCAAGAUGGACCGCAAGGACAGUGUGGUCCCUGAGGAAGAAGAGGAUGAGGAACGGCCACAGCUCCCAAACGGCAUCCCAGAGAGGACAGAGGAGUGGAGGAAAGCUGUGCCCAGCUACACUCAGUCCAGUGGUGGAGGCAGUGCAGGUGGCAGUGGGACUCUGGAAGUCCGCACCUGGAGCUCUUUAGCCAGAGACGAAAGCCUGGAGCCCCUGCCGUACAACUGGGAAAUGGCCUACACGGAGACAGGCAUGGUCUACUUCAUAGACCACAACACAAAAUCGACUACGUGGUUGGACCCUCGUCUGGUCAAAAAAGCCAAGCCCCCUGAAAAGUGUGAGGAUGGAGAACUUCCAUAUGGUUGGGAGGAGAUUGAUGACCCACAGUACGGCACAUACUACGUUGAUCACAUAAACCAGAGAACCCAGUUUGAAAAUCCGGUUCUAGAGGCCAAGAGGAAACUCGGUUUGGACACUGCAGUCGCAACUCAGACCCAACAGAGGGCAGCACCUCCUCCAGGGGGAGCUGCUGGUACGCCGGGGUUCUCGCGGGACCCAACCCAGCUGAAGGGGGAGCUGUAUCACACGGCUCUGAGGAAGAGCCAGCAGGGCUUUGGUUUCACCAUCAUUGGUGGAGACAGACCUGAUGAGUUCCUGCAGGUGAAGAACGUUCUUGCUGAUGGCCCGGCCGCCCAGGACAACAAGAUGGCCUCUGGUGAUGUAAUUGUGGAAAUCAACGGCACACUUGUCUUAGGCAAGACCCACGCCGACGUGGUCCACAUGUUCCAGUGCAUCCCAAUUAAUCAGUACGUUGACAUGGUCCUCUGUCGUGGAUACUCGCUUCCCCCUGACGUGGACGCGGACAGCGAGGACCUUCCCCCUCCACCUCCACCUCCGACAGGAGAGAUCGUAACCGCCGUACCCCUCAUCAAUGGCCAGCCACUGCUGGUCAAAGGUGACGCCCUUCACGGUUCCUCCCAAGAGCUUCACUACGUAACCACAGAUGCCAGUGGGCGGCCGGUGGUUGCUGCUCUUCCAGGAGGCAGCAGCAGCGGUGCCAACGACAGGCCCGAGACGGGGAUGCUGCAGCCGGAGCUGGUGAGCGUGCCAAUCGUGAAGGGACCUGGAGGAUUUGGCUUCGCCAUUGCAGACUGUCCUCUGGGGCAGAAGGUGAAAAUGAUCCUGGAUGAGCAGUGGUGCCGAGGUCUGUUGAAAGGAGACGUGAUAAAAGAGAUUAACAGGCAGAACGUGCAAACGCUGAGCCACGCGCAGGUGGUGGAUAUACUGAAGGACCUCCCGGUGGGCAGCGAGGUGAAUCUGUUGGUGUUGAGAGGAGGUCAGACGUCGCCUGUGAAGAGUUUAAGACCUAGACCGGGGUUGAGUGCCAGCACUGAAACUCUGGACCGUUGCCAUGACAUCAUGGUUCCCCAGGCUUUGACCUAUCACUCAAACACACUGCCAUGCAGCUCUCCAAAACAAGACGCUUCCCUCCACUACAGCAAACCCAAAGCUUUGCCGGAGAGCAUAGUACCUCACUAUAAAGAGUUGGACGUGUUCAUCAAGAGAGAUCAGGAGACAGGCUUUGGCUUCCGUGUGCUUGGAGGAGAAGGUGCAGAACAACCAGUCUACAUUGGUGCCAUCAUUCCCCAGGGGGCGGCAGAGAAGGAAGGCCGUCUGAGGGCCGGAGACGAGCUCGUUGGUAUCGAUGGCAUCACUGUGAAGGGGAAAUCUCACAAACAAGUUCUGGAUCUGAUGACUAAUGCAGCACGCAACGGACAAGUGCUGCUUUCAGUGCGCAGGAAGGUCAUUUACAGAGAUGCCCUGGAGGAUGUUUGGAGCGGAGCAUUGACCCUUGUGAAUGGCUCAACUCGGCUUCCACGUAUCCAGGUGCCAAGCAUCAAGGACCAGGGGUCGUUUGAUAUCACGCUCCAUCGUAAAGAUAACGAGGGCUUUGGCUUUGUCAUUCUCACAUCGAAGAGCAAACCGCCACCUGGAGUGAUUCCUCAUAAGAUCGGUCGAAUAAUCGAGAGCAGUCCGACUGACCGCUGCGGACUGCUGAACGUGGGUGACCGCAUUUCCGCUGUGAACAGCCAGUCCAUUGUGGAGCUCUCUCACAACGACAUUGUUCAGCUUAUCAAAGACGCGGGGAACUCCGUCACACUCACCGUGGUUCCUGAGGACGAGUACAAAGGCCCGCCCUCAGGAGCCAGUUCGGCCAAACAAAGUCCAGCACCGCAGCACAAGAUUCUCAAAUCCACUCAGGAUGAGAGAUAUAAUUUGGAUAUGGAUGAGAUCAGGGAUGAGCUCGUACGGACAGAGUAUAAAGCUCUUCCCAUGAGUGAACCGGGAACGCUGUGUGUCGCCAACUCCAAACAGGGCUGUAUUGCGGUAGAGUUGGAGCGCGGACCUCGUGGUUUUGGCUUCAGUCUGAGAGGAGGAACGGAGUAUAACAUGGGCCUCUACAUUCUGCGGCUGGCUGAGGACGGCCCUGCUCUACAGGACGGCAGGAUACACGUCAGUACAACGUAG